CUGUUGCCGGAAGUGACACAAGAAAGUAAACAGAGGAGCUGUCACUGGAUCUGGAAAUUAAGAUAAUUGCUACUAAAGGAAGCGAUUUUUAAAAAAUAUUUAUUGUGCUUGAUAUACAUAGUAGAGACAUUUGUAUGAGAGACUGGUGCAUAGUCUAAACAACCGGUUUGACAGGGACAGGAGUGACACUCCUACUAUGUUCACAGACAUGGACUAUGAACUGGAGGAGGAUAAACUGGGGAUACCAACAGUACCUGGUACUGUGUGUCUGAAGAAAGAUGCUAAUAAUCUCAUUGGGAUCAGCAUCGGUGGAGGGGCACAGUACUGUCCUUGUCUCUACAUUGUCCAGGUCUUUGAUAACACCCCGGCAGCUCUGGAAGGGACACUGGCAGCAGGCGAUGAAAUCACAGGCGUGAAUGGGAAACCAGUGAAGGGAAAGACCAAAGUGGAGGUGGCCAAGAUGAUUCAGGCUGUCCAGGGAGAAGCAACAAUCCACUACAACAAGCUGCAGGCAGAUCCCAAACAGGGGAAGUCUCUGGAUAUAGUGCUGAAGAAAGUCAAACACCGGCUGGUGGAGAACAUGAGCUCAGGCACUGCAGACGCUCUCGGACUCAGCAGAGCCAUUCUAUGCAACGAUGGACUGGUCAAACGCCUGGAAGAGCUGGAGAAAACAGCAGAGCUCUACAAAGGGCUGAUGGAGCACACAAAGAGGCUGCUCCGAGCUUUCUUUGAGCUCUCUCAAACUCACAGAGCGUUCGGGGAUGUGUUUUCGGUCAUCGGGGUACGGGAGCCCCAGGCUGCAGCCAGCGAGGCUUUCGUGAAGUUUGCUGAUGCUCACCGCAACAUUGAGAAAUACGGCAUCCAGCUGCUGAAGACCAUCAAACCUAUGCUCCACGAUCUGAACACGUACCUUCACAAGGCCAUACCGGACACGAAGCUCACCAUCCGCAAGUACCUGGAUGUGAAGUUUGAAUAUCUGUCGUACUGCCUGAAGGUGAAGGAAAUGGAUGAUGAAGAAUACAGCAGUAUUGCCAUGGGAGAGCCCCUGUAUCGAGUCAGCACCGGGAACUAUGAGUACCGCCUGGUGCUGCGCUGUCGGCAGGAGGCGCGAGCCCGCUUCGCCAAAAUGAGGAAGGACGUUCUGGAGAAGAUAGAGCUGUUGGAUCAGAAACAUGUCCAGGACAUCGUGUUCCAGCUGCAGCGCUUCGUCUCGGGCAUGUCGCACUACUAUGACGAGUGCUACGCCGUCCUGAAGGAGGCCGAUGUGUUCCCCAUCGAGGUGGACCUCUCCCGCACCAUGAUCAACUACAGCAGCCAGUCGCUCUCCUCCUACACCGGAGAUGAGGAGGACGAGGACGAGGAAGGAGGAGGAGAUGGAGAGGGAGGAGGCAGCGGCGCGGGCAGACAAGCAGAGAACGGCGCUGAGAAACUGAUAGAUGAUGAGUGAGUGUGUGUGUGUGUGUGUGUGUGUGUGUGUGUGUGUGUGUGUGUGUUCUUGUGGAGCGCAGUCCAUCCCCGUGACAUAAACAUUCUUCACUUGCAAUUAGUGUCAGUGCGCUCACCAAGCGGGGCUCUGUGCGGUGCUAUAGCAGAUUGAAUGAGUAAAACUGCUGUCAGAACGGUGAUAAACUACUGAAAGUGCUGCUGCGUUGGUGUCUUGGUAGUGUUUUCUUCUUGUAAUACUCUGAAAUGAACGGCAUUGUUAUGAUUUUACUGUAACGAAUAUUCACUGUCAACUUUCUCCUGCUUUACAAUGUGAUCGUCCUCCACACAUAAGGUCGUUGCCUAUGACUGUGAGAGAGACCACACAAACAGGAAGCUACUUUCUUUUAAUCUGAAUGUAAUAGAUGGGCUGUUAUGAAGCAGAUUAGGGAUUAUAUUCAUAUGAGGUGUGCCUUCUUUGUUCUUAAUGAAGUGUAAAAUGUCUGGGCUGUGUGUCAGUGUGCAUAUUCUGGAUUGUAAAACUUAUACUUUAAUAUUUACAUUUUUAUUUUGUUAUUUUCUUUGCUGCAAACUUGACACAUUUUUCAGUUUUACAGUUUUCACUCUGCUUACGCUGCUCGAAAAUGGAUAAAUAUGCGAAAAUGUGAAGGUGUAGUUGAAGAUCAUUACGGACACUGACGUGAAUCUGCUGUUACGUUAUGGCUAUGUCCUCUGUUUUUACUUCUUCUAAUUAUAUUUUUAGUUGUUACACAAGAGAGAGCUUGCCUUUGCCACUCAAAAUCUCCACAACCAAAGUCUUUUCCCUCCCACAUGAUUCAAGUUAAAAAAAAUUUUGUUUUUUUUGUUUGGUUUUUUUGGCACUCUCGCCCAUGUUGCUAACUUCCCUUCAACAGUGUGUGUUUUCAUUUCCAGCAGUGUCCUGCGCUCAGGUAGUGUUUCUGUGUAUGAAGGGAAAGCUGCACACAGCCUGACAGAGCUGUAACACUGUGGAAACCGACUGAAAAAUACAAACACUACAUGUAAAUAAGUAUGAAAAAAAAGGGAAAGGGUGUAAAAAAAAAACCUCGUCAUUCCUACCUUAUUUAUUGUUUAUGUCAAAAUAUAUUUGCAAGUUGUAAUGAGCAAGAUAACUUCUAUAUUACAGUGAAAAUAAUUGUUCACUCCUGUGUGUCUUUCUUGUCUGCAGAGGUGUCAAGAUGAUUUAAUGGAUUUUAAUAACAGACACUUGGGGGCAGUAUGACAUCAGAGCACACUGUUCUUGAAUUAAAAACAGUUUACCCAUGUAUUGUUUUGUUCUUACGACUUUUGUAGUGAAUCAGAUGGACCUAACGUCAUUGUAUGUUAUUUUGUCUAAAACAGAUAAAUUGAUAGAUGCCCAAAGCAUACUGGCUGAAAUAUGU